GCUGGACCAUCGCAAAACCACGUGUUUAAUCCUUGACAAUGUGUCGUUCAACUAUAAAAAGAGUGAAGUGGUUGGAUCACUAUCAAGUUUGUCAUCUGACAAAGUUCUCAUUUGAAGCAAAAGAUUUGUUUGGAAGAGAAAAUGGGUAAACUUACGUUUAUUGCGCUAACUGUAGGAGCUUUCUGUCUCAUAUUGUUACCAAAUGUCAAAAGCCAAUUUAACGACCACGACCAUCGGGGACCACCACCACCCCCGCCUAGAGAUGAUUUUGGAGGCCCUUCAAGAGUAGAACGCAGCUGGGGAGAUAGCGGAGGUUAUGAUCAAGGAGGAAAUGGCCAGUCUGGAACUCGUGGAGGUAGCCAGUCUGGUGGUCGUGGAGGUAGUCAGUCUGGUGGUCGCGGAGGUGGACAAAAUGGAGGUCGCGGUAACGAUAGUAAUGGACGUGGAAGUGGAGAACAAGGUAGAAAUGACCAAGGAAGUGGACGUGGAGGACAAGGAUUUGGCAAUCAAGGAGGAAUGGGACAAGGAGGUGGACGUGGAAAUCAAGGCCAAAGAGGAGGACGGCAAGGAAGUAACGAUCAAGGAGGAAUGGGUCAAGGAGAUGGAUCCCAAAGAUCUUGGGGAAAUCAAGGAAAUGGGAGAGGCAUGUGAGAAGACUAAGGUGAAAGCAGUCAUUGGACUAAAUGGCGAAGUAUUUACGGUGACUUCAGAUUAUUUUUCUACCAAUAAAAACAAUAUUUACUUUUAAGUAUUGACUUUUGAAUUUUAUGAAACACAAUUCUACUAGUUUAUUGAUUUCUAUAUAAACAAACUAUAUUCUAACGCUUCCAAUACGUGUUAAGUAUGUAUUUGAAAUUCUAAUGUAAAAAUAAGCUGAAAGCCUAAAGUUAAUUAUUUAUGAAACACUCAGUGCACUGUUCAUCAUAACGCAGAAAAAUAAAAUGCUGUGUGAUAAAA